GGGCAGGCAUUUCUGCCCUUGCUGAAGAAGGCUGCCCAGGGGAGCCCAGGCUCAGGGCUGAGCUGCAGCAGGGCUGCCAUGGUCAAUAUAUCCAGCAUUGGCGGCUCCAUUGCUUCUUCCUUUGGUUGGGACAUAGUUCAAGCCACCUCAUACCGCUGCAGCAAGGCUGCUCUGAACAUGCUGAGCAAGUGCCAGUCCCUGGCGUACAAGGAGCACGGCAUCCUCUGCGUCGCUCUCCACCCCGGCUGGGUGCAAACCGAUUUGGGCGCUGCUGCUGGACACCCGCCACCUACGACAGUGGAUGACAGCGUGCAAGGGAUGCUGAAGGUCCUCUCCUCCCUCUCUGAGAAGGAGACCGGUGCCUUCCUGGACUGGGAAGGGAACGUCAUACCCUGGUGAGACACCACUUCAUGAUCCUGGCAGCAGGACCCUGUGACACUGCUCCCACGUUUCCCACAUCCUCAAUAAACUCCUGCUGAGACCCCCACCUCUGUUGAGGAUUGCCAG